AUGGCGAAGCAGAGGACCUCGCGAUUUCCAGCUCGCAAGUUGGCGCCAAGGUCAUCCUUGAAUCUGAUCCUGACGCUGCUGCUCCUCAUGUUCUCCCUCGUCGUGCUGAUCCUCCUUGCCCUCGGGAUCCUUUCGAUGUACUGCAGCUCCUCCUCUGGCAACAGGCCGAAAGCGAACGAUCUGGCCUCAAUCGUGAGGAAUACUGAAGGCACUGGUAAGUCCUUCGGAAUCAAGGGGAUCGAAGGGAAGUCUGGAACUUUUGGGAAUUCAGGAACUGGGAAGCUUGGCAACUCAGGCUUCGGCAAGGUUGGGAUUUCAGGGAAAGGCGGGAGUUCGACCUUGGGCAGCGAUGGGAUCUCUGGGAAGCCGUCGGGUAUUUCGGGCUCGGGGAUCUCUAGCAGCGAUGUAUCGAGGAGAUGGCGUGCUCGGGCUGAGCUCGCGCCGCCACUUAGGAGAGAGAGCGCGACGACCAGGAGGGCAUAUUUCAUGAGGGAUAACUGGAAUGGUGGUCAGCGCAUGGCUACACUUCUCAUGUACCUUUCAGAUGUUGGGGAAGGGGGUGAGACAGUCUUUCCAGCUGCCAACGGGAGCUUUAGUUCUGUCCCUUGGUGGAAUGAGCUAUCUGAUUGUGGGAAGAUGGGUUUAUCUGAUUGGACAAGUGUUGGAUCUUGGCUUUUCGAACCGUCGGGCAAUUUAUUGGUCAGGCCGGGCAUGUGA